CGAGCCCGCUCUCCAGCGCCGCGCGCGCCGCCGCCACCUCCGCUGCUCUGCCCGGUCCCGGAGCGGCCGGGCGCGGAGCCAGGCCCGCGGCCGGCCGCAUGAAGGACUGCGAGUAUCAGCAGAUAAGCCCCGGCCGCCCCGCCACCCGCUUCCCCGGGGCGCAUCGCCCGGGCCCCGCCGCGCCCCCCGCUCCAAGCUCCGGGCCCGCGCCUGGCGCGCCGCGCUGGAGUGUCAGCGGCAGCGGCAGUGGCAGCGGCAGCGGCAGCGGGAGCCUGGGCCGCCGGCCGCGGCGUAAGUGGGAGGUGUUCCCGGGCCGCAACCGCUUCUACUGCGGCGGCCGCCUCAUGCUGGCCGGCCACGGCGGCGUCUUCGCGCUCACGCUGCUGCUCAUCCUCAGCACCACCAUCCUCUUCUUCAUCUUCGACUGUCCCUACCUGGCCCGCACACUGACCCUGGCCAUCCCCAUCAUCGCCGCCAUCCUCUUCUUCUUCGUCAUGAGCUGUCUCCUGCAGACCAGUUUCACUGACCCCGGCAUCCUACCCCGGGCCACCAUCUGUGAGGCAGCUGCCCUGGAGAAGCAGAUCGAUAACACAGGCAGUUCCACAUACCGCCCGCCCCCUCGGACUCGGGAGGUGAUGAUCAACGGACAAAUGGUGAAGCUCAAGUAUUGCUUCACCUGUAAGAUGUUCCGUCCGCCCCGGACCUCACACUGCAGUGUCUGUGACAACUGUGUGGAACGGUUUGACCAUCACUGCCCUUGGGUGGGCAACUGUGUGGGGAGACGGAAUUACCGCUUCUUUUAUGCAUUUAUUCUCUCCCUCUCCUUCCUGACGGCCUUCAUCUUCGCCUGUGUGGUCACCCACCUGACCCUGCUUUCUCAAGGAAGCAACUUCCUCUCCGCUCUAAAAAAGACACCAGCAAGUGUGCUGGAGUUGGUCAUCUGCUUCUUCUCAAUCUGGUCCAUCCUGGGCCUCUCAGGGUUCCACACUUACCUCGUGGCCUCCAACCUGACAACUAAUGAAGACAUCAAAGGGUCUUGGUCCAGCAAGAGGGGCGGUGAGGCCUCUGUCAACCCCUACAGCCAUAAAAGUAUUAUCACCAACUGUUGUGCUGUGCUCUGUGGCCCACUGCCUCCCAGCCUGAUCGACCGGAGGGGAUUCGUGCAGUCUGACACUGUGCUGCCCUCGCCCAUCAGAAGUGAUGAGGCAGCCUGUGGAGCCAAGCCAGACGCCAGCAUGGUAGGAGGCCACCCCUGAAUGUGACUGAGUGCUUGCCACCCGCCGCCCUCCACGCCUGCCGGGACCCUCCCCGUGCCAUCUGAGGGAAGCAGAGCUGCCAAAGACUCCAGUCUUUUCCUAUUUAUUUCCCACCCUGUGUGGUUUGGGUCUUUUUUUUUUU